AUGACAGACAUGAGAUGCACUGUAAAGCUUCUCUUUGGAGCAUUACUGAUAAAGACAUGGCUCGGCUUUAUCAAUACACUCAUUGACAUAGAACCUGUUCUGCACGAGUCAUCUCUUCUCAAGCCCAAAGUAGUCAUUGCUAUUUUGGCCCGGAACGGUGAACACAGUCUUCCCUAUUUUCUAGGAUGUAUUGAGAGACUGGACUAUCCUAAGGACCGCAUCUCCAUCUGGGCUGCUACUGACCACAAUAUUGACAACACCACAGCAAUGCUGCAUGAAUGGCUCUCUAGAGUGGAGAAUUUGUAUCACUCGGUACAACUGCAGAACAUGGAGCAAGAGAUGAGAUUCUAUAAGGAUGAACUGGGCCCCAAGCACUGGCCUGAGUCUCGGUUCACCCAUGUGAUGAAGCUGAGACAGGCUGCACUCACAUCAGCCAGGGCACAGUGGGCAGACUACAUCCUGUUCGCAGACAGUGAUAACUUGCUGACAAACACUCAAGUGCUGAAUCAGCUGAUUGCUGAGAAUCUGACGCUGGUUGCUCCAAUGCUGGAGUCAAAAACACUCUAUUCAAACUUCUGGUGUGGCAUGACCCCACAGGGGUAUUAUAAGAGAACACCACAAUACGUACCCAUUCGAAACUGGAAGCGAAAUGGUUGCCACCCGGUUCCCAUGAUUCAUUCUACUGUGCUGAUAGACCUACGUCGCAGUGCAAGUGCAGCUCUGGCCUUUUACCCUGUCCACCAUUACUAUCUCUGGGCUUUGGAUGAUAUCAUGGUCUUUGCCUUCUCUGCAAGACAAGCAGGUGUGCAGAUGUUCAUAUGUAACAAAGAGCAUUAUGGGUACCUGCCGCUGCCUUUGAAUUCGAAGCAAAGUCUUGAGGAAGAGAUGGAGAGCUUCAGCCACACUGUCACAGAAGCAUUAAUUGACUUCAAAAUGGAGACUUCACGUUAUCUGCAUGUUCCUUCCAAACCCAAAGACACCAUGGCUUUUAAUCAGGUUUAUCUGAUUAAUCUGAAGCGUCGGGCAGAUCGCAGAGAUCGUAUGCUGCACUCAUUUGAAGUGCUGGGAAUAGAUGUCACCCUCACCGAUGCAGUGGAUGGCAAAGCGUUGAAUUCCUCUCAGCUGAGGGCUUUAGGAAUUGAGAUGCUGCCUGGUUACAAAGAUCCUUACUCUAAACGUGUACUUACCAAGGGUGAAAUUGGUUGCUUCCUCAGUCAUUACAACAUCUGGAAAAAGGUGGUGGAGCUUCGGCAACAGCAGGUACUUGUAAUGGAGGAUGAUGUGAGGUUUGAGCCCAACUUCAAGAGCCGCCUCAACACCAUCAUGGAGGAUAUAAAACAAUCAGGUCUUGAAUGGAACUUAAUUUAUGUGGGCCGUAAACGAUUACAAAUUAAGCAUCCAGAGCAUUUAGUGGAGGGAGUGAAGAAUCUGGUGAGCCCAGAUUACUCUUAUUGGACACUGGGCUAUGCCCUUUCACUGCAGGGUGCCAAGAAGCUUCUGGAAGCCCAGCCCCUCAGCAAGAUGAUGCCGGUGGAUGAAUUCCUUCCUGUUAUGUUUAACAAGCACCCCAAGGAGGAGUAUAUGGAUCACUUUAAACAGAGAAACUUGAGGGCUUUCUCUACAGAACCCCUGCUCCUCUUUCCCACACACUACACUGGGGAGCCGGGGUAUUUUAGCGACACAGAGACCUCCACCAUCUGGAAUGAUGAGACUGUGGCCACUAACUGGGACCAUCAUCAUGUCCGUGGAGACCGCAGUCGUGGUGAUAAGACCCCCACACCCAUCUCUGAGAAUAGUCCAAAAGAUGAACUUUGA